AUGGCGAAAGAGCGCCAGAUUGCAGUCACUGUCACAGUGUCUUCGGCUUUCAAGAGUCUCCGAGUCUCUGAGUCUCUCUCCAUACAUCCAGACCGCUCUUUCUCCUGCUCUCACGGCUCCAGCGAGCUCUCGGGGUCACCCCAGCGGCGCGGCGAGAAGGGCCCCCACCCCCUCAGCUCCCCUCCCCACAUGGGCGGCAAAGCGAAGCCGACGAAGCACACGGCCAAGGAGCUCGCUCAGAAGGAGAAGGACGCCACCUGCAAUCGCGGCGGCGGCGCUGCUGGUUUCAAGGAUCGACAGGGCGGGUCGGUGGGGCACUCGAAGUACAAGUGCAACAUCUGCAUGCAGUCCGCCCCAGACCCGAAGUCCAUGCAGAUGCACUUCGAGUCGAAACAUCCGAAGGAGGAGUUCUCGCUGGAGAAGUGCACAGACGUCCAUUCAGCAGCCGGUGGCGCCACCACUCAGGGAGUUGCCGUGAGAGGUGGCAUCAAAAAGCAUCACAACUGA